UACCUGUACAAUGGCAACGGUAGGGCAGAAUUAUGAACAGGAUGCAUUCACGUGUCCUAUUUGUCUAGAGACACUCAAGUCACCGAAAAGUUUGCCAUGUUUACAUACCUUUUGUGAAACAUGCAUUGGUGAGUUUAUUGUAUCAACUGAACAACGCGCAGACCAAAACCUUUCCAACUACCCUUGUCCUGUAUGUAGGAAAGUUGUUACACCCACCAACCCAGAAGACGAAACAUCACAAUGGGCAGCAUCGCUUCCGCAUAAUUUAACAAUUUCAUCAUUAAUAUUAAUGCAAAAUGCAAAGAGUGUCGAACAGGAAUGCCAUAUUUGUAAAAGGCAACACAAAAUUUCCAAGGCUACACACUGGUGUCGAGAUUGCAUCGAAGCCCUUUGUAAAGAAUGCUUGCACCUUCACGGUCUUAUGAAACUUUUUGCUGACCAUAAAAUUGUCCAAGUUAAAGAAAUAGAUACGUCUGCCUCCGAACAGGAGCCCGACUUAUGCAUGAUAUCGGAUUCGUGUCCAGUUCAUAGCUCGAAAAGUGUGGUAGCGUUCUGUUUUGACCACCAUGAGCUUUGUUGCGUGCUUUGUGUUACUGUUCAACACAGAAGGUGUGAAAAUGUUCAAGUUAUUAAAGAAAUGAAAUAUCUGAAAUCGAAUAAAAUAAACGCACUCGUGUUUGAAGUAAAUGAUAUUAAGUCGAAUAUAGGAAAUAUAAUGAAAGACAAGGGUGUAAAACAAGUAAAACUUGAAGCUGGAUUUACAGAAAUUGAAGUAAGAGCGAACCAACUCAUUUCAUCCAUUAAAGGUAACUUAGACUACAUUUUAGCCUUGUUUAUCAAGGAACUAACAUUACACGAGAGGAACAAAAACGCGAGUUUGAAAAAAAACUAAAAACGUUAGAAAAACUGAAGAAUCAUUUUGAUCAGCUACAAAGCGUGACAAAAAGUGUUCAAAAGACGGGUUCUCUGUCCCAAAUGUUUAUCCAUUUCGAAAAAUCAAAAACCGAAGUAAAAUUCAUCCUGACCAAAGCAACACAGAUUCUGAAUACACCAUCGGUUCGUGAUGCUAAAUUAGAAUGUAAUGCAUUACUGGACCAGGUUGAAAAUGUUGAUCGUCUUGGAAAGCUAAUAUUAACACGUACGAAUCCUUCUGAAAUGAAAGAAUAUGUAAAACAAAUUUUUCCGCACAACUGUUCUCUUUUGAAGGAAACUAAACCAGAACUUUGUUAUGGGAAUAUUACGCUUAAACACAGUAAAACUAUUUGUUUAGGUGAUUUCAAUGUUCACGGGGGUGCUUUUAUAUCCGAUGACGUGGUUGUAAUUGGAGGAAAUGAGGGCGGUUCUGGUGGAUUGAUAAAAGCGAUAAAUAUAUCAAACGAAAAAAAUGAUUUGUGAAAGCACUUUUAAAACAACUGUUAAACGAUUAGCGUAUGAUUUUGAAAGUAAAUCUCUUUUUGUUUCUUGCUAUGAGUCGAUGUUGUUC